AUGUAGUUUUAAUAAAACAACUAGUUCAUAUAAUUUGCAAGAUAAUUGUUAGAACAACAAUCCUCAUCAAGUCCAGAAAUGGAUGAACAAAAAGACUCUUCUUUAGACAUGAGUUAGUUAAUUAAGUUGUAACACACUAUUCCUGACAAUAUUUUAAUCUCUCCAGAACCUUCAAAAAAAAAGGGUUCCAUCCUUUUGCCCUCUGAUGAUCCUUGCAAUUGUAGUAGAUCUGGAUGUAGAAAAAUGUAUUGUGAAUGUCUUGCUAAAGGAAGACUAUGUUCCUCAUUUUGUAAUUAUUAUAUAUCUAUUUACAAGGUAGAUGUUAAAAUUGUCAUAACAAAACUUCAAAUAAACUUGUUUUGAAUGUUAUUGAAGAACUAGAUCAAAAUAGAAAUAGAAAAAGAUUUAGAUCAAGAAGAUUUAAGGAUGUAUUUUUAUUCAUUAUUUUAAGGGAUGUACAUGCUAAAAAUCGAUGUGUUUGAAGAAAUACUGUGAGUGUUUUAAUUCUGGUAAAAGCUGUGGCUCUGGCUGCAAGUGUGUGAACUGUGAAAACUAUGUUCUUGAUGAAGUCGAAAAAAUAAUCUGUACACCAAACUAAAAAAAAACUUCUAAAUUUUCUUCUAAAUUUGAAAGUGCCAACACAAAUACCAGAUCAGAUUAUUAUGGACUAGUGUUAGAGAAACUCAAUUUAGAAGAAUUUGAAGAAUCAGAUGAAUGUAAUUAAUUUUAUUUCUUAUUAGAAUUGGAUAAGAUGCAUACAGUUGUUAUUAUGAUAUUAGGCUAAUUAAUCAUUUGA